AUGGGAGAGGCAGCUGCGCCAGGCUGCUGUCUGAGCCCGAGGCGGGGGUCCGGUUUCUUGGCAACGGGUCCCCAGUUCGGGUCAGGUCCUCCCGGCGGGGCCGGCCUCUCUCCCCUCCCCCGCCAGGCUCCGCGGAGUCCCGGGCCGCGGACCCCAGGCAGAGAGCCCAGGUGUGGCCUGGGGGCGCGGCCAGGGGGCGGGGCCGGCGUGGGAGGGGGUGACCCUGGGCGGCUGCAGCUGCCCACCGCCGUUUCCACAACCCCGGCGAGGCUGCGCGGGAGGGCGGGGACCGGGAGGGCCCGAGGCGGGACGACAAGUCUGUUUCCGCCCGGCCUCCGCCCGCUCGGGCUGAAACGAGUCUUUCCGGUGGGGCUGCCCAACCCGGGUUGGCGCGCUCAGCCUCCCGGAACCCGCCCGGAGUGGCGCGUGACCCCGCCCAGGCCGAGGGCGAGACCCGGGCGAGAGGUGGAGCCGCUGGUGACCGAAGGGAGAGCCCGGGUGCGGGGCAGCGAACUUCUGGGCCUUUUCACCUCCACCCCCCGCCCCCAAACCAUCCGAUGCCAUAACUUCACGGAGCCUCAGGCAGACAAUCCUUGUGGAAAAACAAAUGUCCUCCCUCAGUCUCAUGGGUUGUCUUGUCCCCAAGCACCACCGGUGGCCGGCGCAUGCUGGCCCUCCGCCAAUGGCGCCCCUCAGGUGACUGGGAAGCACAGUGGUCUAUUCAAAAAGAGAGUUGGCUUGAAAAUGUGAGGGAGUCUCCAGCCACCAGUAACCAUCCUCGGUGUCCGACCAGAAAAAUCUAAAAACGCACGCAGCAGCACUGAGCUAUACUCACAAGACUUCCUUUCUAGUAAACGCAACACUUUCUCCUGCUCUCAGACGUGAGCCUCAGAUGCCAAAAUGCGGAUGUGUGGAUGGUAGACGCGUUGCUAAGCACAAAAGGCUAGCAAGUCUGUCCGGCAAAUGAGAUCGUACAGUGGAGGGCAUCUGCUUUGUGGCCUCCACUGGGAUGAGGCUGUCCUGUGCUCCCAUGUCCUGUGUCCCCUGCUCCUUCGGGCGGGUGGAAGCUGGUGCCCCUCACCAGGCAUGUAGAAAGGGUCCUCGUGGGUUAAAGCAUAAAGGCUUUGAGGAAAAACGCACAAAGACUCAUUAAAACGGGAGGCCUACCCCUGGAAAGACGCAUGCUGAGGCCUAGUUCCCACCCCAGCGGCCUGCGGUUCUCAUGCUGGGGGCUGUGAGGACCUCUGGGCCGGCCUGAGCCAUGGGUGACCACCUUCUACUGCUUUGCGGGACGCUGAGGACGCCGACCUCAACACAGAGCCAGGGAGGGAAAAAUCUCAAACAUUUAAGACUGGGUUCAAAAGCCCCCCCGGACAUUUUCUGUCUGCCUUGCCCCCCACCCCCCACCCCAUCGCAUCUGGUUCGGGGCUAUGAAUCAGAAUUCUGAAUCUGUGCUGCCCAGAGGGGACAGGCACAGCGGGGAGGAAACACCCAAAUGCAAUAAAUAACAGCAGCUCAGGACCCUGCCCCU